AUGCCAAUCACCGAGGAAGUGCUCGAGGCCACAGUCCUCGGUCGCGCGAUCAACGACGCGUCCGACCAGACUCUACGCGCGGUUCUCAAAUCCAUCUGUGCGAAAAACGACGAAGCUCGCAAAGAAGCCGAGAGCCAACUUCUGGUGACAGCUACCGAUACCGAUACCGAUACCGAAGAGAGCUCUCACAACAACAAGAGAGCAGUACCACGCUAUGCGUUUUGCCUCAAUUGCGAGAAGGAAUUCGAUGUCACGACCAAUACAGAGAAAGCCUGUCGAUAUCAUCCAAAGAAAAAUGAGCCCACUGGCGAAGAUCUUUAUGUUGACAAUUAUGAUGAGUUUGAGGUGGACACUGAUGAAAUGCGCGAGGAUUUCCCAGAGUGCUUUACGUUCCCGUGCUGUGAUGGAAAUCUCAAAGAUAACCCCCAUGGGUGUGUGAUCGACUUCCAUCGAGAACAAUAUCCCGAUGAGAAGCCAUCGAAAAGGUCGAGAGCCGUUUAG